CUGGAUUCUUGUCAACAUCUCACUGAUGCACCCGUGGGGACAACACCUCCCACGUCACCUCCCACAUCAACUCCUGCACUACUGCCGACCUCGUCGGGAUUCACUGAUGCCCUCGUGGGGACACCACCUCCGACGUCACCUCCCACACCACCCCCUACACUACCGCCGACUUCAUCGGAUUUCACCAAUACGCCGGAGGGGCGCCCACCUCUUGCCUCCUUGGGCAAGAUAUUCAACUGUGUUUCUUGGGUGUUUUGAGCACCCAGUGUUUUGCGGUUCUCCCAGCAGCCGGUGACAGUGUGGUCUGCUUAUGUUGUCGCCGCCUCUUCCCUGUCCUGCGUUGUGAUUAUAUUCCAGACGCCCCAGUGUCGCCGACGUCUCCAACACCCGUUUCACUAUCCUCACUGCCCGACAAUCCCGCCAUUAGCACCGCCGCGCCCUCCUCAUCAGGAACAAUGACCGCGCCCACAUCAGCUGCAGACAAUGAGCGGCUCGAUCAGCGGAGCUUUACUUGUUGGCGCGCUCGCCUAUUGCUUUUGCCUUGGUCGUAAAAGAAAGAGACGAAAACAACACAGCCCUGUGCAACGAGAUGUGGAUUCAGCAGAGCUACCGACGUACGAAGAAGCGUCUGCUCUAGCUAGGGCACUUAUUUCGCUGUCGAACGAUGGCGCGGUAACCAUGGACAAUACACCUGAGAUGAAGGUCUUGCAGAGACUUUCCGACUCGCAGCGAUCUCAGAACACCGAUGGGAUACGAGCAGGGUCAACGCUGACGUCUCUGUCUGAGGACGAACCGAUCGGCGAGGGGUGUGGGGGGCGAAUUUCGGUGAUGAAGGAUGCCUUGAGCGCUGUGGUGGAUUCGGCCCGAGCGGUCGCGGAAAAGUCGUCCAUGCCUUUCGUGCCCGAGAUUGCAUCAUUCUUGGCAGUGCUGGCUUCCUUAUGCAGCAACUUCGGUGGCAACGAGCAAAACAUGCCGAGGACGGUUCGGUGGUGUGGAUCUAUGCUGGAAAUGCUUGACCAAAGCAGCAUUCACAUGGAUGAUUCUGGGCCAGUGACAGAACUUCUCGAGGAAGUUCGCGAUGCAAUUGCCGAGAUCGUGAAGGAGCGCCAAGAAACCGCCAAGACCGGUCUACGGGAUGCGCUACAACGCCUCCAGACAGGCGUUGCCUUUGUCUCCAUGAAUGUGCUUCACCGCACCUCAACCAGCGUCGAUAGUUUGGCAAGGAGAGUCGGGCCCGAGGGACAUAUUUCUCGGAAGGAGCGAAAGAAGAGGAUGAUGGAGUGCCACGAGAUACCUUCUGGCGAGGUGAUCUGCUUCGACGACAUGAUCUUGGGCACGGGGGGCUAUUCCACAGUGCAGCUUGUGGGGUACCAAGAAACAGCUGCCGCAGCAAAGCUGAUGCAACCGAAAAGAUGACCAAGAUGUUCGUGAACGAGCUGCACGCCAUGAUGGAGCUACGGUCGCAGCACACGGUCAGCAUCUUCGGUGCCGUCACCUCCGUUCCGGGGAAACUGGUGCUCAUCAUGGAAUAAAUGGAAGGCGGCGAUCUGCGGGCUUUUCUCAGUGCGGCAAGCGAUCCGCUCGAGAGCCGGGUCGAGAAUGGCCUGGCUUGCGACAUCGCCGAAGGGAUGCAGUUUUUGCACUCAAAAAAAGCUUUUCAUGGUGACCUGAAGUCUCCGAAUGUGCUCCUAACCAGGGACAACAGAGCCAAGAUUGCAGAUUUCGGCACCGCUCGAACCAUCGAAGAGAUCGCGUCAAUGGCCACGAGGGGGGGGACUUUGUGCCAGUACGGCACGACCCUCAAGUGGGCCGCCCCCGAAGUGCUGAACGACGAACCUUUGCGGGCUGAAAGCGACGUAUACAGCUUUGGCGUGAUUGUCUGGGAGAUUGUCAGCCGGCAGGUGCCUUGGCAAGACGCCAGUCUGAAGGAGAUCUUGGUGAAAGUGUGCAGGGGGAAGCGUCCUGAGAUACCGGCAGAAGCACCGCCGCUCCUGGCAUCGUUGAUCGCGCAGUGUUGGACAACCGUCCCAGAGGAUCGAAUUCCUUUCAAACAGGUGCUAGCUGUGCUCAAGAUGUAAACGGCCAGGCUCCCCCACGCAAGGGUUGUUAGUUAAGACAUGGGUGGGGCGUUUGCUGUCGAAAUAACCACAAGAACCUGGAGCUUUAGUAGC